GGUCCAAUAGUUGGAACGAAUAGGUAUUUUCGUUGGGCGUGAUAUUACCUUGCGUGCGCCGUAAAGAGCGUAAAUCAGAAAUCGACCAUUCAAACGGUCAUGUUGCUAAUAUUGAUUAUGGAUUAUCGAAAAUUAUUUAACGGUGGAUACGGAGACAGAAACUCUGAUCAUCAUUAAAACACAACAUCAGGGGCCACCAAUCUCUAUUUCCACUGCAGGAGUACUACCAGUGUCUCCGUGGGGCCACCAUAGCUGGGACAGAAUGUCUCUCGCCCAGAGAGUCCUCCUCACCUGGAUCUUCACCCUGACCUUCCUCAUAAUGCUCGUCCUCAAACUAGAUGGCAAAGUCCACUGGAACUGGUUCCUCAUCUUUCUACCCGUGUGGAUCUUCGACGGCAUCCUCCUCCUCAUGUUACUAGUCAAGAUGGUCGCCAGGUGUAAACCGGGCCACGACCCUCGUAACGGCUCCCAGGACCUGAAGAAGGAGGCCUGGUACCUGGCGUCCAUGCUGCUGAAGCUGGGCUUCUGUCUGACGCUGUGCGCCCGGCUGGAGAAGCUUACCCAUAUCAAGCUCACCUUUGUGUGUAUUCCUCUGUGGUGCAUGUUGCUGGGAUCCAUGGUGGAGCUGGGGUAUAACAUCUUCCCCGACAGGAGAGAGGCGUGAGGAGAAUGGAAAGGAGGCUGGAAGGAACACACACAAACCUACGUCUUUAGUGGGGUUAUUUUGGCUGUUUGCAAAAUCACAAACUCUCUCCUUCACUCGUUGUUAUGACAUGAAAGCGUUAUCCCCGUUGUCCAAGCUUUGCUCUCAUGCCAACAGUAUUGCUUAUCAGAUAAGACUGUGCCUUCGUGUAGAUAGAUGUCAGAUAAACUAAUACAAUCUAGCAACGCCAUGUCACAUUGCCAGCUAAGGAUUUCCAGACAUUUUCCUUGUCGUCAGCAUCUUUUGUACUGUGUUGUUGUAGACUCUUUCAUACUUCAUGGGACGAUGAAAAAUGAUUGUCGUUGUGUUUGGAAGACGGGGCUCUUACUAUGUAAAGCCAUUCAGUGUUUUGUGCCAUUCAGUUUAAAUGGAAUCUACCUGUAGUGGUACUUUCACCUUUUAAAUUGCACCCUUGAAUAGUUCAUUUUGACGUUUAAUCUGCAUAUGUUAUUUAUUUUCCUUUUGAGUAUUGUGUGAAUAAAUUGAUGUGGCUAUUGUUCCAAACUAA